GACUUUUAUAGGAACUUUCUGGGCUUUUUCGUGUUAUGUUGUGUCUGCCUUCGCAUCGCCACAUGCCUUGUAAUGACCUUCUGCUGACAAAUAAAAACUCCUCGUUUUAUUUUACGACAAUAUGAUAUGAAAUCAAGGUAAAAUGUUGGCAAGUAUAAUCGGACGUCACAUCCUUAGUAACUUUGGGAGAAUGCAGUGGAGUGGCCUCCUGCAGGUGUCCAGCAAGUUUGCCUGUUUAGGGCAGCGGACCACUCACUGUUCAACACUGUUUACUAGAGGUUUAUAUGGACAGCUGCCCCCAAGACAUGUUGCUGGUUCUGUUCUGGGAGCCCAGUCAUUUCACUGGUCUGCACAUAGACUGAAGAAACGUCUUCAGGAAGAGAGUCCAUCAAAAGAACUUGAUUUGAUUCGUUAUGACAUGAGAGACUUGAAGAAAGCUCCAAAGCCUGCCCUCUAUCUCGGAUUAUCUGGUCUCAUACCUUUUGUUUCCGCUCCUCUACUUAUGGCUGUCACAGAGCUGUAUCUUCCUGAAGUUGCAUUUGCUCAAGUUGCAUACGGAGCAUCCAUUGUUUCCUUUCUUGGUGGGGUACGCUGGGGUUUCGCCUUGCCUGCUGGGAGUCCAGCAAAACCUGACUGGCUCAAUUUAGCCAACAGUGUGGUUCCCUCUCUGAUUGCUUGGACAGCACUGCUUUUUUGCCAUGACAUUACACAAUCUGCUGUGCUUGUGAUAAUGGGGCUUGGGAUAGCAUUGCAUUAUGACCUGUCCCUCCUGCCCACAUAUCCCAGCUGGUUUAAAGCCCUGAGGACUAUCCUCACAGUUGUAGCCUUUUUCUCUUUGAUAGGCACUAUUGUAAUUAAACAGUAUUAUCCUGAGAAGAAGUAUUUCACCGAUAAAUGAACUAUGUGUAUUUAUAUUGUCAAUUCAUUAAUAUGAAAUAAGUUAAAAGUGUCAUCGUUGAUAAUAUUUCACCAUAUUCUACAUAUCUAAAAGUGAUUCUGGCUAGUUUUAAAUUCUGAUGACAUUUGCUUCCUUUUUUUUAAUAAAAUAUCAAUUUUGUUUCCUGUUGCUGGAGGUUAUUGGCCUUACAGAUAAAAUAGUUUUCCUCACUUUUAAUAUGUAUUCACAUACUGUAUCAAGUUAGAUUGUUUGAAGUAAAAUAGAAAAUAGACCAUGGUGCUAAAAAUGUUCAAAUGUUUAAAAGUAAAAUCUGUAUUGUAUUGAACAAGUAAACUUUCAGUUCUCAAAAUUUCUAAUUAUUUCUCAGUUGUCUUGUUUAUAUUUUAAGGAAAAACAUGAAAUCCAUAUAGUACUGAGUUUUCAUUUUAAUACCUUUGCUCAUUAUUCUACAUUACAUGAUGGCAAUGAUUAAACUUUAGUAUAAAACUUCACUUUAAAUUAGCGCUGUCAAAUGAUUCUUAUGUAUAUAUAAAUACACAUGCAUGUAUAUAUUUAAGAAAAAUGUUUAUAUAUUAAAUAUAUUUAUGUAUAAUAAAAUAUAUAAAAGUAUAUGCAUGUAAAUAUUUAAGAAAUAUAUACUGUAUGUGUGUAUAUUAUAUAUACAUAAUAAAUACACAC